AUGGCAUCGACGCUGCCCCGCCUGCCCAUCUUCGAGGCCAUCAAGAAACACGAUGGCAAGUCGGUGGCGGUGAUCCACGGCCUGUCGGGACGGACGUUCACGUACGGCGAGCUGGUCAAUGAUGUAGCGGCGGCCAAGGACAAGCUGCAGCGGAAUGCGGGCGGGAGGAGCACGGCGGGAGAGCGCAUCUCGUUUCUCGUGGAGAACGGCUACGACUAUGUAGUGACGCUGCUGUCGAUUCUGGCCGCGCAUGCCAUUGCCGUCCCGCUGUCGCCGACGUUCCCUGCGCACGAGCUGCGCUACAUCAUCGACCAGAGCGAGUCGCUCAUGCUGCUCUCGUCGGACAAGUUCCAGGACAAGGCCGACGAGGUGCUGCAGGAGGGCAUGCAGACCAGCCCCAUCAACUACAAGCAGGACAAGAUCAUGAUGGGCAAGACGGACGACUACGUCACGCUCGAGGAGCCCGCGAGCGACAAGGGCGGCAUGAUGCUGUACACGUCCGGCACCACCAACCGGCCAAAGGGCGUGCUUCUCGCCCAGGACAUCCUCACCGCGCAGUCGCUGUCGCUGCUCCAGGCGUGGGAGUAUAGCAGCAGCGACGUGCUCCUGCACGUGCUCCCCCUCCACCACAUCCACGGCACCGUCAACGCCCUCCUCACGCCCCUCUUCGCCGGGAGCACCAUAGAGUUCCAGUUCCCCUUCAACGCGACCGCCGUCUGGGAGCGCCUCGCAGCGCCCUUCCUCCCGAACCCGAACCCCGCAAAGAAACCCGUCACCUUCCUCACCGUCGUCCCCACAAUCUACACCCGCCUCCUCGCCUCCCACGCUUCCCUCCCCGCCGAGGUCCAAGCCGCCGCCAAAACCGCCCUCCACCCCUCAAACAUGCGCCUCAACAUCUCCGGCUCCGCGGCCCUCCCGACCCCCGUCAAGUCGGCGUGGACCGAGCUCAGCGGCGGCAACGUCCUCCUCGAGCGCUACGGCAUGACGGAAGUCGGCAUGGCGCUGUCGUGCGGGCUGUCCUUUGCCGACCGUGCAGACGGGUCGGUGGGGUGGCCUCUGCCAUCCGUGCAGGCACGCCUCGUCGACACGGAAACGCACGAGGUCAUCGAGGUUGGCGAGGAAGUUGACCCCGCCUCCGGCCGCGAGCGCCACGGCGAGAUCCAGCUCCGCGGGCCCACCAUCUUCCGCACGUACUGGCGCAAUCCCGAGGCGACCGCCAAGGAAUUCGUCGACGACGCGGACGGGAAGGGCAAGUGGUUCAAGACGGGGGACGUCGCGAUCCGGCGGGCCGUCGAGGGCGCGGGGAAGAGCAGCCAGACCUGGGCGCGCGGCCCGCUGUAUUUCAUCCAGGGCCGCAAGUCGGCCGACAUCAUCAAGACGGGCGGGGAGAAGGUGUCUGCGCUCGAGAUCGAGCGCGAGAUGCUGAGCCUCCCGCAGGUCGAGGAGGUGGCUGUCGUGGGCCUGCCGUCUGAGGCGUGGGGCCAGAAAGUCGCCGCCAUUGUGGUGCUGAGUGCCGAGGGCAAGACGGCGGGGCGCGGCGGGAGGCCGUGGUCUGCUCUGGACAUGCGCAAGGCGUUGAAGGAGAAGUUGGCCAACUACAAGAUCCCGCAGGAGAUGAAGGUCGAGGAGAGCAUUCCCAAGAAUGCCAUGGGGAAGAUCAACAAGAAGCAGCUUGUAAAGCAGGUUUGGGGGGAGGCGCUGGAGGCGAAUGGGGCGGCGAAUGGGGCGAUGCAGGUGCCGAGCGGGAGUGUGUAG